AUUACUUUUUAUUCCUUAAGCGCCUCGUACUUUGGAGACUUCUUAGGGUUACUCGAUCUUGUGACCGGCCGCCCCGACAGGAGCCCCUCCGGACUGUUUUUUUUCGCAGUAAUAUUUGGUAAUACUUGGUAAUACCUGAGAAUUAUCGGGGUACCGCCAGACGUAUCGGAGUAAUACCGUAUGCAUACAUACGCCUGCUAACGGAGCUACUCGCCUGGACAUGGAUAGAAGGCAUGCAAGAAGGUGGACCUCGACAUCAAUGCCGAUUCUCCGGCUCUCAUUCAAAUAUUCUUGUCUCUCUAUACACCACUCGUUCCUCCACACACUAAUCUAUCAUACCAACUCAACAUGAAGCCUUCAGUCGCAGAACACUUCCGACACGCCUGCCAUACGACUCCUGUCCCAACGCUCAUCGAUGAGCUCGCUGAUCUGCAUCCUGACCAGCCUAUAGUGUCGAUCCCGUGCGACAAUCAUGAUGUGAGUGCUGGCUAUCGCGACGUUACCUACGGGGAGUUCGCGCGCGCCGUCAACUGCGCUGCCUGGUGGAUUGUUGAGACGCUAGGCUCGGCGAGCUCGUCCUUCGCGGCGUUGCAUUAUGUUGCGCCGCAGGAUCUAUCGUAUAUGGUUUUUGCGCUGGCAGUUGUGAAGACUGGAUAUAUUACUUUAACAUGCCAUCCAGCCGCAGGCCUAGACACCCACAUCUCUCUCAUCGAGAAAACAAACUGUCAAUACCUCCUGCACCCAGCGCCUGGAUUCCCCAAGGCCAAAACCAUUCUCUCUGCUAAGCCACAUCUGAAAGCCAUCAUGACACCGACUCUCGACUUCUGGCUCUCAGAACCAAACACUCCACAAGUCUAUCCCUACCCCAAAACCCUCAGCGAAGUCCUCACCACCCCCUUCGCAGCAAUCCACACCUCCGCCACCACCGGCGCUGCCAAACCCAUCAUCAUGACCCACGCCACCCUUAACCAGCAAGCCCCGAUGUAUCUCGACGCCGAAGACACAGGGCGCGUUAACUUCGCCCACUGGCGCGACCAGCGCGUCGCCUUCCUAGCCCCCAUGACCAUCGCCGCAGGCUUCUACACCCUGUUCGGCCUAAACAUGAUCUACAACCUCACCAUAGUGUUACCCGUCUUCGGCCCCGGCCCCGUCACGGCAUCCGUGACCGACGGAAUCAUCGCGCACGGCAACGUGACGUCCGUGAUCGUCAGCCCCAAAUAUCUCCGCGACACAUGCGCCAAUCAAUCCUAUCUCAACCGUCUCCGAACCCUCUCGCACCUCGUUGUCGUCGGCGCCCCGUGCCCACUUGAUAUCGGCCCGAUCCUCCGUCGCUACGUCCCCAUCACCUAUAUCUACGGCUCCUCGGAGGCCAACGUCUUCCCGAUCCAUCUAACAAACGACCCAGGGGACUGGGCGUAUCUAAAGCUCGACCCUGUGGUUCCGUAUGAAUUCCGCCCUGUAUGGCGCGAGUAUCAUGAGCUGGUUAUCCAUCGCAGCGAGAGUGAUAGGGGACAGAGUGCGUUUUACAUGUUCCCUGAUAUGGACGAGUAUCCGAUGAAAGAUCUCUUUCGGAGGCAUCCGGAUCCGCAGAAGGUGGGGCUGUGGCGGUACUGUGGGCGGGUCGAGGACUUGACGGAGUCUGAGAGUGUGGGGAGGUUCUUGCCGAGGGAUAUGGAGGUUGUGAUUGAGUCGUGUGAGGGUGUUAAAGGGGCUGUUGUGUGUGAGGAGAGGGGUGGGGGGAUGCCGGUUUUCGUGGAGGUGGAUGAGAAUGCUUUUGCGGAUGAGAGGGAGGUGUUGUUGGAGAGGAUAUGGCAGUGGGUGGAGCAGGCGAAUAAUAUUUCCCCGGUGAAGGGGUAUAUUUGGAGGAGUAGUGUUAUCUUUGUCAAUCGUCAGAGGCCGCUGCCGAGGGGGGUGAAGGGGUAUCCGCAGCGCGGUGUUUCGAAGAGCUUGUAUAGAAGGGAGAUUGAGGAGGCUUAUCGGACCUUCGGGUGUUAAUAUAGGAUUUGGGAUAUGGUUACAGC